AUGGCAGAACCGGCCUCCUGCCACCGCCCCAGCGCCCGCGCCCAUCGUCACCCACUCACUCGCCAAGACGACGAUGACGCCACGAACGCCCGCUUGGCUCCCCGCUGGUAUGCCUACCGCUGUCUGCUCGAAGGCCAUGGCUUCCGCCUCGAGACCUGCAAGGACGUCAAGCAGUCUUAUCACGACUACUGGGCCGCUCAGGCCUCCGAAGGCCGCACUGUGACCAAAGACCUCCCUGGCUAUAUCCGAGCCUGCCGCGCCCCCAACGAAGACGAGCUUUGCCAAGACGCCGGCCUGCCCGAUCGUCUCUUCCGCGGCACACAAUGUGCAACUGGUGCUAAAGUAGUCAUCAAAGCAGUACAUAUACGUAGUCGUGAGCUCGACGUCAUCCGCUACCUGUCAAGCCCGGCUGUGCGGAACCACCCGAUGAACCAUUGCAUUCCUGUCCUUGCUCUCGUGGACGUCCCACAGGACAAGCUCGCGUUCAUCGUCAUGGAGGAGUGGUGCCCUCAGUUAACCACAACGCCAUGCAACCUCGGCCGGUUCUUCCAUGCCUUGCGACAGUGCAUUGAGCACAUUGCAUUCAUGCAUUCCCAGCGCAUCGCCCACCUGGACAUCUCCAUCCGCAACGUUCUCACCGACUGCCGAGGCCACUACGCUGUGUCAGAUUACGAGCUCUCCCAUCGUUUCCCCGUUCUACCUGGCGUGGUCCAAACCCCACGCGUUGCGGGGUGCCGGCGAACGGAAUGCCCCCCGGAACUCGAGCGUGGCGAGUCGAGCGAUCCAUACAAGGUGGACGUCUACGGACUUGGCGUGCUCAUCCUGCGCGCAAUGGAUCUCACCGGGUACGAGGUCCCCGAGUUGCGUGCUUUCGUCAGGCCUCUCCUCCGGCCAACGCAUGAACACCGGCCCACGGUCUCGGAAGCGCUGCUUGCGUUUGACGCGAUGGUAGCCGUAUUCGACGCUGCAAGGCUCGCACAACUGCCUCGGCUGUGUCACUGA